CAUGUCAAUGUGUCACUGUCAUAAAAUGGAAUGUCAAAUUUGACGAUUUUUUUUUUUAAUCAUUCUCGUGUCAUUCUAUUGUGUCGCAGAUUGACGAUUUACGCCUACAUUUUUUAAAGUUUGUUUCUAAUAUCUGUUGAAUAAUUUUCAUAGACUGCAAGCAAUUUAAAGCUACUGCAGUAGUGAUACAAGAAUUCCGUAUCUAAUCUUAAUUAAUCAUUGUUGUCUGAGAACUCUAGCAAAAGAUCAAAGAAGUUUUAGUUUAGAACCCUUGACCCAAUACAACUUUGUCAACAUGAAGAAAAAGGUGAAUAUUGUGAUAAAAUAUUAUUAAGUUGGAUCUGUAUUUUAAAGACACAUUUCGUAACUAUUUAUGUUAAAAUAUGUCUUAUUUUCGUAUUUUUUCGUUAGGUGCUAUUGAUGGGCAAAAGUGGUUCAGGAAAAACCAGUAUGAGGUCCAUAAUAUUUGCAAACUAUAUAGCAAGGGACACCAGGCGCUUAGGAGCUACAAUUGAUGUGGAACAUUCACAUGUCCGUUUCCUUGGAAACUUGGUUCUAAAUCUGUGGGACUGUGGAGGCCAAGAAGCGUUUAUGGAGAACUACUUUGCUUCCCAAAGGGACAAUAUUUUCCGUAAUGUAGAAGUUUUAAUAUAUGUAUUUGAUGUUGAAAGCCGAGAAAUGGAAAAAGAUAUGCACUAUUAUCAGUCCUGUUUAGAAGCUAUUCUCCAGAACUCUCCAGAAGCUAGAAUAUUCUGUUUAGUGCAUAAAAUGGACUUAGUCUCAGAGGAUCAAAGGGAUGAUAUAUUUAGAGAAAGGGAAGAAGACCUGAAAAGGUUAUCCAAACCUCUGGAGUGCACAUGCUUUAGAACCAGUAUAUGGGAUGAAACUUUAUAUAAGGCAUGGUCCAGUAUAGUAUAUAAGUUAAUACCUAAUGUUAAAGCACUAGAAUCAUCUCUAAAACAGUUUGCAGCUAUAGUAGAUGCAGAUGAGGUGUUACUAUUCGAGCGGGCGACGUUCUUGGUAGUGUCGCACUGUCAGCGGCGGCCGCACCGCGACGCGCACCGUUUCGAGAAAGUGUCCAACAUCGUUAAACAGUUCAAGCUAUCGUGUUCCAAACUAGCCGCACAGUUCCAAAGCAUGGAGGUCCGUAACAGUGUAUUCGCCGCGUUCAUAGACGGCUUCACUAGCAACACUUACGUUAUGGUGGAAAUGUCCGAUCCCAAGAUACCAUCGGAAGCGACGCUGAUCAACAUCAGAAAUGCAAGGAAACACUUUGAGAAACUAGAGAAGGUGUCUUCUUCAGCGCCUAGUCAGUACCAAUGAGCGAGGGAAGUACGGAUUAGUUAAUUUAUACAUUUUUUUAAGUGCUUAGCAUUACUUACGCUGAUGCGUACGAGCGGAGUACACUGCGAUUUUAGUGGUGUAAAGUUAAUUUCGUAACGUUGUUUCUUACAAUGAAAAUUGUUUUAACAGAAAUUGUGUAAAUUACUCUUGAUGUCCGU